AACUGAAAUUCAUUACUAGAUGUUUUUAAGUGUUGUGGUUUACCUUGAUAAUUUUUCAGCCAUCCUCUAUAAAUUACAUUUUUCGUCAUAUCCCAAACUUUGUGGCUGCAUUGUCAAAUUCGUAGUUGAAGGCUGCUUUUCAUGGCUCCUAACACCAUUAUCAUGCUUUUCCUUCCCUUGCUGCUGCUAUGUUCUGGAGUGUAUUCUGAUCUCAUACUUAAUUUGGAAAAUCGGUGCGCAGACACUAUAUGGCGUGGCUCCAACUCAACCAUUUCGGACAUACAACCAUUUUUAAAUCCGGGAGUCCGUACGUCACUCAUGGUGAGAGAUCCUUGGUCCGGAACCAUUUGGCCUCUAACUCGAUGCACAAAUAGCGCAUUACAGAACUUCUCAUGUGCAACCGGUGAUUGCGGGACAGGAUUACUAGCUUGUUCAAUCCCCAAAUACCCGGUAACCGAAUUCAUUUUCAAAAUCAACGAUUCUGUAGUCUCAUAUGAUCUAAGCUUAGUUCAUGGACAAAAUGUUCUGGUCCGCGUCAAACCCAACGGUGGAACCUUGGUGGAUGGAGGAUCAGGUCCUUGCCCUAUGGUGGAAUGUAACAAAGAACUUUCAAGUGUGUGUCCCUCGCAUUUGAUAGCGUAUGACCAAGAUGGCCAGUAUGUGGGUUGCAAGAAUAGUUGUGAUGUGAUAGAUGAUCCAAAGUAUUGUUGUGAUGGUGUUGCUUGCAUUCCUGAUGAGUACAUGAAAAUGAAUAAGCAGCUGUGUCCUGAUGCUACAACCUUCCAGGGUGACAAACAGCCUUCAGUGUGCAAAGGGGCUAUUAGUUAUGAUAUAACCUUCUGUCCUGAUCCCCUGUAAUUGCAAUAUAGUUUUGGAACAAUCAACAAUUAAUCUGGGAUUGUAAGCAUACAUAUUAUAUUGGAGAAUAAAUGGAAUAAAGGAUAAGAUUCUAUAGA